AAAAAUUUCAACCAUAAGAAAAAUUCACUCAAAAAUUUUGUUUAAAUCAAUUUAAAAUUUAUUGAUUUUGUAUACAUUAUGGAUAAAAGAUUUUCAAAAAUUGGCGAUGAUCCAAAGUUUAGGCGUUUGCCUAAAGCUGAUCGCAAAGUUAAAAUUGAUAAACGGUUUCAAUCAAUAUUUAAUGACAAACGAUUUAAAGUUAAAUACACCAUUGAUAAAAGAGGAAAACCUUUAAGGGGUUCUACUACUGAUGACUUUAAAAAGUUUUAUCAUUUGUCCGAUGAUGAAAAGGAUGACUUAGAUUCUGAGCAAAGUUCUAGCGAUGAUGUUACUCAAGGAUCCGAAUCAGAACAGCAAUUAUUAAUUGAAGAGGUUGAUAAUGUAGACAGUAAGAUAGCCAGUAAAAGUAUCAAAGAUCGCUUAAAAGAUAAAACAGUAGAUUAUGCUAGGGGAGAUGGUGAAUUGUUGUCUGACAGCUCAUCAGAUGAUACAUCUACUGAUGAAGAAAAUGAAGAAAAUGUGGAACAUGGUUGGGGAGAAUUAGACAAAGAUGCAGAUAGUAUAGAAGAGGCCACAUCUAGAUUAGCUUUGUGUAAUAUGGAUUGGGAUAGAAUUCAAGCUGCUGAUUUGAUGAUUCUCUUUAAUUCAUUUUUACCUAGUGAUGGUUACAUAAAAUCUGUAACUAUUUAUCCAUCUGAGUUUGGUAUGAAACGAAUGCAAGAAGAGGAAGUUAAAGGGCCUCCUGAAUUAAUUUCUAGUGACCCCAAGGAAAUUGGUUCAUCUGAUGAUAGUGAUCAAGAAGAAGAAGAUGGAAGAAAAUUUCACAUGGAAAAACUACGUAAAUAUCAACUAGCAAGACUUAAAUAUUAUUAUGCUAUUAUUGUAUGUGACUCUCCUGAAACUGCUGGUAAAAUAUAUACCGAUUGUGAUGGUAUAGAAUAUGAAAGUAGUGCCACACGUUUAGAUUUAAGAUUUGUCCCAGACGACACAGAAUUUGAUCAAGAACCAAAAGAAGUUUGUGAUAAAUUACCAGAUUUAACCAAGUACAAACCUCAUUUAUUCACUACUACUGCUUUACAACAAGCAAAAGUGAAUCUUACAUGGGAUGAGACAGAUCCAAGACGUAGUGAAUUAGUAAAUAAGCUGAAAACAAAUCCAAAAAGUGAAAUUAAUGAUAGUGAUUUGCAGAAAUAUGUAGCUUUUAGUUCAGAAAAUGAGAAUAGUGAUGAUGAAAGUAAUAAAUCUGUUGAAGAAAAUUAUGAGGAGAGUAGUUCUAAAAAAACUCCAAUAGAUAAAUAUAAAGAAUUAUUACAAAAUAUACAAGAUGAAGAAGAAAAAAAGGCAAAUAAAGAUUCAGAAUUAGAAAUUUCAUGGGGUAUUGGUUUACAAGAAAAGGUACAAAAAUCAGUCGAUGAAAAAUCAAAGAAAAAUUUGACACCAUUCCAGAAAAUGAUGGAAAAAAAGAAAGAGAGAAUGAGAGAAAAGCAAAAACUGAAAAAAGAAAUGAAUAAAACUAAAGAUAAUGAAACUGAUUCAGAGAAUGAAAAUAAGCAAAUCAAGCAACAAGCAGAAUUGGAAUUGUUAUUGAUGGAUGAAGAACCUAGUGAAAAAAAACAUUUUAAUAUGAAAAAAAUACAAGAAGAAGAAACUAAAAGCCUAAAAAAGAAGAAUAAAAAGAAAAUUUUAAAUGAGAAGUCUGUUAGUGAUGAUUUCUCUGUCGAUGUAAAAGAUGAUCGAUUUUCGGCAUUAUAUACAUCACAUCUAUUUAAUAUUGACCCUGCUGAUCCAAAAUUCAAAAGAACGAAAGGCAUGGAAGAAUUUAUUUUUGAAAAGGCAUCAAGAAGGCAACAGUAUGAUACUGAAAAAGUUGAUGUUCCUCCAAAAAAGAAAUCCAAACAAUCAAUUAUUAAUCCAGAACUAUCUAAUCUUGUAAAAUCUAUCAAAAGUAAAACUAAACGUAAUAAAUAAAUGUA